AAGAUUCAACUGUAGCGCAUAUAUCAGAAUAUGGGAUUGAGUGAGGCUGCUGAGAAUCGCAAGGAAAGACUAGCUGCUCUUAGAAAACAAGUUCAGCAAGGUGCUUCCACCACCAGCAACACGAAUGGAGUCGACACCAAACGACAUCGGCAAGAAUCAGAUACAGAAUCAGCUGUAGAAACAAGUGCAUCUGCAUUGAGGUUCAGAAAUUAUCAGCCCGAAACAGAUGCCCUCAAAGACUACGUUGAAACUGCACCCAUUGUUGGGCCACAUGCUAAACAUCAUGUAGAUACAGUUGAAGGACAGGCCGAGACGAUUAAACACGAUGCAUUGGAGGCAGAGGAAGCAAGAAACAAGGAGCUGGAUCUCACCAAUCUUGCUCCAAAGAAACCCAACUGGGAUCUUAAACGUGAUCUGAAUAAAAAGCUUGAGAAAUUGGAUCGGAAAACCAAAAAAGCUGCAGCAAAUCUAGUUCGUCAGCGACUAAAGGCAAGUAAAGAUAUUUCAAUGGCAGCAGAUGCCACAGAAGCAAGCAUACAUGCAGCCGAUGAGGGCGAUUCCGAUGAAUAGUAGAAUUAAUAGUAAAAAA